AUGGACCACGUCAUGAUGGUUGAGCCCAAAAGCCCUGAGGCCCUUGUGGUCUCGUUUACCAGUGGCUGUCUCUUACACAUUCUCUUCUACCGUAGGGGAGAAUGGGACACACUUGCGCUCCGAAUCUUGCAGGCCUAUGCUACAUUGCCCAUCAUUGUUAUUGGGUUGUUACGCUUGGCUGAAUUCAAAGGAUGGCAGCAUGGCAACAAUCUUUCGGCUGCAUCCGUCCUUUUGCUCGAAGGCGCUCACAUACUCGGGCUUAUAACCAGCAUCCUUUGUUAUCGCAUCGUCUUCCAUCCCUUGAACAAGUUCCCUGGGCCACUUUACGCUCGAAUCUCAAACUUCUAUCCGACCUACCUCACUACCAAGAACACGCAUCUGUAUGAAGAGGUUGAGCAACUCCAUCACCAAUACGGUGAUUUCGUUAGAUUGGGACCAACACAACUCUCCAUUACACACCCAAAGGCGAUCGAUGCUAUCUACUCUGCCAAAUCCCCAUGCACCAAAGGCCCGUUCUACAACAUUCUCAACCCUCGUAUCUCGUUACACAUGAUUCGCGACCACAAGGAGCACAGCGCUAGGCGAAAGACCUGGGAUAGAGCCCUAAGCUCUAAAUCACUACGUGACUACGAACCUCGCGUCACAAAGUAUACUACACAAUUACUCGAUCGUCUCAAUGAGAUGCAAGGCACGACUAUCAACGCCUCGGACUGGUUGAACUUUUACAGCUUCGACGUUAUGGGUGAUCUUGCUUUUGGCAAGUCCUUCAACAUGUUACGUGACGGUGUCAAUCAUUACUUCCUGAGUUCGCUGCAUGGCUCAAUGAAGAUGGUUGGUGCUCUUGCCCACAUUUCAUGGGUUAUCCCCAUCCUGAAACUCAUCCCCGCCGUCAAUUCUGAGGACCGACAGUUCUGGGCGUGGAUUUCAGGUCAAGUUGAGGAACGAUCAAAGAUGAAGCCUGAUAAUCCCGAUGUCUUUGCUUGGAUCCUCGAGGAGUACGAGCGCAAUCCAAAGACACACCAAGCAAAGCUCAAUGUUGAAGCCGAAGCCUAUCUAAUCGCAGUUGCUGGAAGUGACACGACCGCUGCGACUUUGACUGGUCUUCUCUUCGAGCUGGCGACCAAUCCCUCUCAAAUCAUCAAGCUGAGAGAGGAGAUUGACCAGUACUUUAUGGACAGAGAACACGCAGACCAUACAUCACUCUCCAACCUCAUUCACUUGAAUGCGGUAAUCGACGAGUCCCUUCGUUUACACCCGCCAGUCCCAUCAGGUUUGCAGAGAGUCACUCCCCCACAGGGACUGAUGGUAGGGGACACCUUCAUACCAGGCAAUACUAUUGUUCAGGUUCCCAUGCAUACAAUUCAGCGAGAUGAACGCAAUUUCGCACGACCAUCAGAGUUCAUCCCAGAGCGUUGGACAACAUCACCUGAGUUGACCAAAGAUAAGACAGUCUACGCACCCUUCUCAAUCGGUCGAUAUUCUUGUGUCGGGAAGCAGCUUGGUUUGAUGGAAGUGAGAUAUGUUAUAGCACAUAUUAUAAGGGCAUUCGAUGUGAGACUUGGUCAGGGCCAGACUAAAGAGGGCUUUUUAAAGUCCAAGAUGGAUACGUUCACACUGGCCACGCCAAACCUUCACCUUGUCUUUACACCUCGUCCUACAACAUGA